CACAAAACAUAAACCAUAGCCCGAGAGUGAGUUGGUAACUGAGUCAUAAUCUUCCAAAUCUCUGGGCCUCCCCAAAGCGAACCCUCUCUUCUCUAGAAACCACCGUCGAGCCAUGGCUCUAAUCACCCGAACCACCGCCAAUCGCCUCCCUCACCUCCUCUCCCUACAGCGUGCCCUCGCUAUUCACACCACCGUCCCUUCUCUCUCCUCUUCUGCCACCCCAACCACAUACGCUCGCCCUUCUCCGCCGUCCACCUCCGGCACUCCCUCCAGUCUGUCUAAGCCUGCUGAGUACGUGAUCUCCAAGGUCGAUGACCUCUUGAACUGGGCCCGUCGUGGGUCCAUAUGGCCCAUGACUUUCGGCCUCGCUUGCUGCGCCGUCGAAAUGAUGCACGCCGGUGCUUCUCGCUACGACUUCGAUCGCUUUGGUGUCAUUUUUAGGCCUAGCCCUCGCCAAUCCGAUUGCAUGAUUGUCGCUGGCACUCUCACCAACAAAAUGGCCCCUGCUCUUCGCAAGGUUUACGACCAAAUGCCAGAGCCUAGGUGGGUGAUUUCAAUGGGAAGUUGUGCAAAUGGUGGUGGGUACUACCACUACUCAUACUCAGUUGUAAGAGGUUGCGAUAGAAUCGUCCCUGUUGACAUCUAUGUUCCUGGUUGUCCACCCACUGCAGAGGCGUUAUUGUACGGAGUUCUUCAAUUGCAGAAAAAGAUCAACAGGCGCAAGGAUUUCCUCCAUUGGUGGUCCAAGUAAGAAAAUUUGCAAGUUACUUCAGGGCUAUUUGCACUGCAUUUUGCAGUGUUGAGUAACAAAUAAAUAAAAUCAAACUUUCUGGUGAAAUGCCAUGUAGAUGGAGAUUGUUAAGAAAAGCUUUUGAUUAUAAAAGUUCAUGGGGUUUCUAUUACUUUGCAUGGUGACUGUACUUCCUGUAUCAUUUGGAACUUCAGUUUUUGUUUCGGAUUUAAAUGGGUAUGAAAUAUGAAUAAUUUCAUUGUUUUGUUGUGGUA